AUGAUUGAAUCAAAUAUAACACUUUCUCAUCAAACACAUCAAAUUUUAAUUUUAUCAUCGAAAUCAACAAUUGAUUAUACUAGUAUAUAUGUUAUAGUAUUAUUAAUUAUUCUUUUAUUUAUUCUUAUAUUUUAUUUAAUGUAUAAUUUUAUUUCAUAUAAACGUUAUUCUAUAUCUCGAAAAAAUCAAAGGAAUUCAUCAUUACAUUCAAUAGAACAAUUAAAUGAUCAUUUAUCAAUUGUUCUUACUCAAUCAACUAAACCUAAAGUUGAAAGACGUUCACAAUCAUUUGGUGAAUUACAAAUACCAUUAAAUCGAGUACCAUUACGAGCAACUUCAUUAUCAAUGUAUUCAAAAUUUCGAGAAAAAAAAAAUUUUAUUUCAAAUCAAUAUGAAAUAACGAAUCAACUUGUUUCUGAUCUUUGA